ACCUUAAAUUUAUUCAACUCAAACAUAUCGAGGGGAAAAGACAGGGGCAUGUUUCAUACAAGCUACGGCACAUACGUUUCACGGACAAAUGCACACUUAAGACCGCACAUCUAGGUAAGGAAUUCUCUCCGAAUGCCGUGUGGAGCUGGCUGUAUGUGCCUUCGGGUUUGUUCUGGUCUGGCGGGCGCACUCCGCCCGGUGCCCGGCUACGGCGACCGGCCAGCCGGCGCGGCGGGCGGUGGCGGCGGUGGGUCGCCUAUUUAGCCGCCGCCCCCGGGCCGUGCCGGACAGUGGUUCACCAUGCUCCGGCUCGUGCUGUUGGUGUGCUUCGUCGCCGCCGCCGCGGCGGUGCCAGUUGAGAGCGACACAGAGUUCUGCAACGGACAGACCGAGUGUCCUCAGGACUGCGGCUAUGUGAGCCGCAACGAGAAGUGCGUGUUCUGCAGGUGCGGGGAUAGCCCGCUGGUGCAGCCCCCCGAGCCGGUGCCGCUGCCCGAACCAGAGCCGCUGUCCUGCCAGCAUGGACAGAGCUUCAUUGACGAGUGUGACAACGACUGCAAGUGCAUUGCGGACGGCAAGUACGGCUGCACCAGGAAACUCUGCAAGCCAGGACAGACGUCCGAAAAGCCCAAGACCUGCAGCGGCGCCGACGGCCUGCCCAAGAGGACUGGACAGCGCGUCUUCUGCCACGAGGGCAUCGUCAAAACACAGCCGAGCGAUGCCGAUUGUCUGCCGGGUGCUGUAUUCAAAGACGCGGAAGACUGCAACACGUGUCGGUGCACCGAUAGGGGCGUGGCUGGAUGCACUUUCAAGUUGUGCAUUACACCAGAACCCAAGGGACCGACCUGCCAGCACGGACAGAGCUUCAUUGACGAGUGUGACAACGACUGCAAGUGCAUCGCGGACGGCAAGUACGGCUGCACCAGGAAACUCUGCAGGCCAGGACAGACGUCCGAGAAGCCCAAGACCUGCAGCGGCGCCGACGGCCUGCCCAAGAGGACUGGACAGCGCGUCUUCUGCCACGAGGGCAUCGUCAAAACACAGCCGAGCGAUGCCGAUUGUCUGCCGGGCUCCGUAUUCAAGGACAAGGAAGACUGCAACACUUGCCGGUGCUCCGAUGCGGGCGUGGCUGCGUGCACUUUGAAGUUUUGCGUAAAACCACUACCAGGACCCGAGGGACCGACCUGCGAGCACGGACAGAGCUUCAUUGACGAGUGUGACAACGACUGCAAGUGCAUCGCGGACGGCAAGUACGGCUGCACCAGGAAACUCUGCAAGCCAGGACAGACGUCCGAGAAGCCCAAGACCUGCAGCGGCGCCGACGGCCUGCCCAAGAGGACCGGACAGCGCGUCUUCUGCCACGAGGGCAUCGUCAAAACACAGCCGAGCGAUGCUAAGUGCCUGCCGGGCUCCGUCUUUAAGGAUAAGGAAGACUGCAACACAUGCCGCUGUUCCGACUCCGGGGCGGAAGCGUGCACUUUGAAGGCGUGCAUUGAUCUGAGAACCGACUCCAGCUGCUCAUACGGGCCAGGCUUCAUCGACGAGUGCAACAACGACUGCACCUGCGUCAACAACGAAUUCUACGGGUGCACGUUCAAGGCCUGCAAGCCGGGCGAGCGGCCGGAGGUACCGAUGCGGUGCACCAGCUCCGACAACCUGCCCUCCCGAGCCGGCGCCGAGGUGGUCUGCGAGGACGGCAUCGUCAAGCUGCACGAAAAAAAAUGCAGAUACGGAGACGAGUACAUCGACGAGUGUGACAACAACUGCCGCUGCCUGGAGGGCAAGUACGCCUGCACGCGGAAAGAAUGCCGCGCGGGGCAGAUCAGUAUGAUGCCCAUGUCGUGCAGUGGAACGGCCGACCUGCCGUACAGGGCAAACCGACGCGUCUUCUGCCAUGAUGGUAUCGUCAAGGUGCAGGACAAUGAUGAGACCUGUCUGGCCGGUGCGGUUUUCAACGAUGAGUGCAACGAAUGUUUCUGCAGUGACACUGGAAAGAGUGGCUGCACUCUGAAAGCUUGCGUCGGCGAGGAGUCGGAGUCGACGGUGACCUGCGAGGACGGCCUGCCAGAGUGUCCCCAAGACUGCGGCCAGUCCUACAACAAGGCCAGGGACUGCUACGACUGCCCCUGCGCCAUCGGUAACCCGGGCGACGUCACCGUCAUGCCCGGCGAGCCGUGCCCGCCGGGCACGGUACUGACCGAGUCUGGGCCGUUCUUCAGUACCUGCGGACCCUCCACCAAGUGUCCUCACGGCCUGGAAUUCAUCGACGAGUGCGGCAACGACUGUACUUGCGGCGGUGACGGCUACGGGUGUACGUACAAGGCGUGUCAGCCGGGCCAGACCGGCGCGAAACCCAUGACCUGCACGAGCAGCGCUGACCUGCCCGAGAGGAAGGGCAAGCGCGUCUUCUGCCACGACGGCAUCGUCAAGCUCCAGAAUAAGGAGGAUUCCUGCAUUCCAAAAUCCCUGUUCAAAGAGGACUGCAACAGCUGUUUCUGCGGAGAACAGGGUCAGAUGGGCUGCACUCUGAAGGAAUGCGCUCCGAAGCAAGGAGCUUGUGCUCACGGAAAGUCGUUCAUCGACGAGUGUGAUAACGACUGCGAGUGCGUCAACGGCGAGUUCUACGGCUGCACCAGGAAGGCCUGCAAGCCGGGCCAGACGGCCGAGGAGCCCAAGACCUGCAGCGGCGCCGACGACCUGCCUCAGCGCGCCGGCAGGAGGGUCAUGUGCCACGAGGGCAUCGUCAAGACCCAGGAGAAAGACGCAGAGUGCCUUCCCGGCUCUACUUACAAGGAAGAGUGCAACACGUGCACUUGCGGUGGCGCCUGUACUCUGAAGGCCUGCAUCCUGUAAUCGCACAGUGUCGGCCAGCCGCCCCUCCGGUGAUGGCGAACGAAGACAGCCUCGGGCUGGAGCUGCCCAGCGCUCACCAGUUCUCACCAGUGAGAGCUCACCGUUUGCCACCAGACGCAGCUGCUCACCGAAUGAAAAGCCGUUCGCGGUGGCAUUACCCCUUGGCGAGCACUCUCACUGACAGUCGAAUUUAGAUGUUUUAGGGCAGCAUCAGCACGUGCAGCGGUGCGGCCUUAGACCGGUAGCGUGCAAGGUGUUUUGAUGUCUUAUUCACUAGUGGUGUCUCUGAACACUCACAUGUGGCCAUCUGAAGAAAUGUGGUGCACGUCAGUAAAGAAAGUGUCAUGUGCCUGUUCGACUGAAUGGUGUAACGCCCUGUAGAACUGUUUGCUGUCCAUGUCCCGUGAUAUGUGAAUGGCAUUUAUUUGGCAAUAUACUUCUCAAUAACGAG